UCGCCCCGGCGACUCCGGGGCCGCCGCGUCACGCCAGAUCGCGGCUCCAGGCGAUUCCCGGCCGCGGUCCCCGCUCCCCGUCGCGACACGGAGCUGCGGGGCGGGGCGGGACGGAGCCGGGCAGCGCCACGUCGCGCCGGGGGCACCGCGCCGCACCCCCCGUCCCCAAAGCGGGGGCCGCGCCCCGCCCCGGGUGGGAGCAUUGUGGGGGAAAGGGGCCGGAGGCGCAGCAUCCACGUUUGCAAGUUCUGCCGCCGCCGGAGGAGGAGCGGAGCGGGGCGGGCGCGGCCGGCAGCCUUCCCUCGCCUCCCUCCAUGGCGGGGCCGGCGGCCGUGCCUCGGCGCGGAGCGGGCUGCGGCGCGCUGCUGCUGCUGCCGGCGAUGCUGGUGAGCUGGGCGGCCUGCCAGGCGCCGCCGGUGCCCGCCGCGGAGCCGCCCUGGGACGGCGCCGACGUCCACGUCGAGCGGCGCUUCGUGCCCGAGCGCUGCCCGCGGGCCGUGCGGCGCGGAGACUUCGUGCGCUACCACUACCUCGGCUCCUUCCCCGACGGCACCCGAUUCGACUCCAGCUAUGACAGGGGAUCCACCUUUAACGUGUUUGUGGGAAAAGGGCAACUUAUUGCUGGGAUGGACAAGGCCCUGGUUGGGAUGUGCGUCAACGAGCGGCGCUUCGUGAAAAUCCCCCCCAAGCUCGCCUAUGGAAGCGAAGGCGUGUCUGGUGUGAUACCCCCCAAUGCCGUGCUCCACUUUGAUGUGCUUCUGAUAGAUCUUUGGAAUCCUGAAGAUGAAGUGCAGGUUGAGACUUACUUCAAACCUGAGAGGUGCACUCGGAGGGUCCAGGUGUCCGACUUUGUACGAUACCAUUACAAUGGGACCUUCUUAGAUGGGACUCUCUUUGAUUCCAGCCAUAAUCGGAUGAGAACUUAUGAUACAUAUGUGGGCAUUGGAUGGCUGAUUCCUGGAAUGGAUCAGGGUCUCUUGGGAAUGUGCAUCGGGGAGAAGCGCAUUAUCACAAUUCCACCUUUCCUGGCAUAUGGAGAAGAAGGAGAUGGUAAGGAGAUCCCUGGCCAAGCUUCUCUUGUCUUUGACGUGGCUUUGCUAGAUCUCCACAACCCUAAAGAUGGUAUUACUAUUGAGAACCAGCUUGUGCCAGAAUCCUGUGAGCGAAGAACCCAAACAGGGGACUUCAUCCGAUACCAUUACAAUGGCACCCUUUUGGAUGGCACCUUGUUUGAUUCCAGCUACUCACGAAAUCGUACGUAUGACACCUAUGUGGGGAAGGGCUAUGUGAUUGCUGGGAUGGAUGAAGGUUUGCUAGGUGUAUGCACUGGUGAAAGGAGAAGAAUAAUAAUCCCUCCACACCUUGGAUAUGGAGAAGAAGGAAGAGGAAAGAUUCCUGGAUCUGCGGUGCUGGUCUUUGACAUUCAUGUGGCUGACUUCCACAACCCCUCUGAUUCAGUCAGCAUUACUGUUAACUACAAACCUUCCAACUGCAGCCUACUGAGUAAGAAGGGAGAUUACCUGAAGUAUCACUACAAUGCUUCGCUCCUGGAUGGCACUCUGCUGGUCUCGACACACAGUCUUGGCAAGACCUACAACAUAGUUCUGGGAUCUGGACAGGUGGUGAUAGGGAUGGACAUGGGCCUUCAGGAUAUGUGUGUUGGAGAGCGACGGACAGUUGUUAUACCACCUCAUCUUGGUUAUGGAGAAGAUGGAGUGGAAGGAGAAGUGCCUGGAAGUGCUGUGUUAGUUUUUGACAUUGAACUUCUGGAGCUGGUGUCUGGCUUGCCUGAAGGAUACAUGUUUGUAUGGAAUGGUGAAGUCUCUCCCAAUCUUUUUGAAGAAAUAGACCAGAAUCAUGAUGGAGAGGUCCUUUUGGAAGAGUUUUCAGAGUACAUUCAAGCUCAGGUUGAUUCUGGCAAAGGAAAACUAGCUCCUGGUUUUGAUUUUGAGAAGAUUGUCAAAAAUAUGUUCACCAAUCAGGACCGGGAUGGAAAUGGUAAAGUUACUGCUGAAGAAUUCAAGCUGAAGGACCAAGAGGCCAAAGAGGGACACGAUGAACUGUAAAGCUAAAAGGAGUGAAGGGUACUGAGCUGGCCUACUCUUAGGACGUGUGUACUGGGAGGGGUUUAAGCAAGUGCAUUUCUGUAAGGUUAGUGCUCAGCCUGUGUGUGCCCAUGCUCGUGUGCUGGGCAGACUGUUGAAACAGGAGGAGAUUUUCAGUUGGAAUUGUUAGGUGUAUGUAAAAAAUAAAAAGCAGUCUUAAGUGCCUUAAGAGAGGAUGUGUAACCUGAUAGAAUGUACUGCCAGACGUGGCGUCGUGAAGCACGCGCUCCGUGGAUCAAUACAAAGUCACUUGGAUGUGUGGAGGGGAGACACUUACAGAGUGCCUUACAAAGACUUUUGAGAAACACACCGUAUCUGAAAUAUUCCUGCGGGAGAACAUAUCAGAAAAUAUUCCCCAUGAAAAUAACUAAAAGUUGUCAGUAGUUGAUCCCAUUUCGUGUCAGAAGGGAUGAGCACUCUCUCCGGUCACAGAACAAACUCAGAGGAAUAUUUGCCAGUGGGAGCUCUUGAUUUGCAAAUUGCAGAACAAGUAAAUGAUUACCGUGCCAUUGCAAAAUUUCCUAAGCUGUGAAGUGAACAGGCCUAGAAUUGUGUCCGUGUGAGGGGUGGCUUAUUAUUUCAUGAAAUGAGUUUGCCACCCCUCUGUUGUAUUUAAUAACUUCGACUCUUCUUGCUGGCCUGUUAAAACACUGUUCACUGUUUUAGGGGGUGAUUCCCAAACAUUUAUAGUUGCAACUUUAUUUAUAGUUCUGUUAGACUUUAAAUAUUAGUAUUACAGGGUCCAAAUAGUGUCAUAAAUACUGGAUACAAUCGAUUCUGCGUUGGGCUUCUGCCUCCUAUUUUGGGAAUUGUUAGGCUCAGCAGCCACGAGGAGCUGGUGCAGCAGAGCAGCCUGGCAUGGGGAACAAACAAAAAGACAGUGACAGAAUCAAGGAACAGACCCUGUUUACACCUGCAAAUGUUCUGGCAUAUCCCUCAAUAUCAGAUGAACCCUGGGAGUGCUGUUUAGAUGAUGAACUCUUAAUACAAUCACCCAUGAAAGCUCUAAAUGUAGCUAUAGCUGUUUAAUAGAAAAAUACACUAAAUAGCCAUUUUUUUCUGGAAAGCUGUAUGAUUUCCCCCCUCACUACAUUACAUGUAAAAAGAGCACAAAUAGGUAUAGUGCAACACUGUCAAAGACACGUAGAAAGGGAGUUGUGUUUCAUUAUAUGCUUUGUGUCUAGUUUCUUGCUUUUCUUCAUCUGUACAUGUGGGUUGUAAGCUCCCUGAGAUGCUCUUUAGAAACUGGUCUUUUGAUUGGGCAAAAAGAUUUUGUAUUGGUUUUUAAUACAGUUGUUAAAGAAAAAGCAGUGAACUAUUUUUGGCAUUUGAUAUCAUUAAAUGUUGGAUAACUGA